GAUGUCUCCGGACCACGCCAUGCGGCUGUGGGGCCGCGGCGGCCUGGGCAAGUCGUCCGGCCGGAGCUCCUGCCUGUCCAGCCGCUCCAACUCGGUGCUGACGCUCACCGACACCGAGCACGAGAACAAGUCGGACAGCGACAACGGUUCUCCCAUGCCCUCCCCCUGUUCAUCAUCUGUCAUUGACCAAUCACAUCCUCAGUCCGCUCAUCCUCAUGACAACCCGCUGCUAGGCGGCGCCGCCGAGCCCGACUCGGAGGAGGAGGAAGAGGAGGAGGAGGCGGAGGAGGAAGAGGAGUACGCAGCUCGGUUGUACUUACCUGUCACACAUGGUAAAGGCUCUCUGAUUGCUUCUGAGCAACCGUCCAACCACCACGGCCCCACGCUGCCCCCCGUGCCCCCCCCUCACCGCCAGCAGCCCUCGGUGACGGCGCUGAACCAGGGCCUGGGCUCCACCCACCACGCCGGACACACCCUCAACUCCACGCGGCAGCUAACUCCUCCCACUGGAAGCCCGGCCCCCGUGGCCGGCCAAUCACCAGCCGAACUGCAGACCACGCCCCCUGAGAGCGUCCCGCUGCAAGACAGCUGGGUGCUGGGUAGCAAUGUGCCUCUGGAGACAAGGCACUUCCUCUUUAAGACAGGCACAGGCACCACCCCCCUCUUCUCCACGGCCACGCCCGGCUACACCAUGGCCACGGGCUCCGUCUACUCGCCUCCCACCCGGCCGCUGCCCCGGAACACCCUGUCCCGCUCCGCCUUCAAGUUCAAGAAGUCCUCCAAGUACUGCUCCUGGAGGUGUACGGCUCUCAGCGCCGUAGGACUGUCUGUGCUGCUGUCUGUGCUGCUGUGCUACUGCAUAGCCAUGCACCUCUUUGGCCUGAACUGGCAGCUGCAGGAGAGCGAGGGAUACGGCGCCUUUGAGAACGGAGGAGGAGGAGGAGGAGGAGGAAGGGACACCACUCCCAACACCUUCAUGGUGUCUACAGACAACGGUAAAAUGUUCCUGUUAGAGAACAACACCAUCGACACCGGGGAGGUGGACGUAGGGAGGAGAGCCGUCCAGGACGUCCCACCAGGUGUGUUCUGGAGGUCCCAGCUCUACAUCGACCAGCCACAGUUCCUCAAGUUCAACAUCUCGGUGCAGAAAGACGCUCUCGUAGGAGUGUAUGGACGCAAAGGCCUCCCACCCUCACACACACAGUACGACUUCGUGGAGCUGCUGGACGGCAGUCGCCUCAUCUCCAAAGACAAGCGGGCGCUCAGCGACCUGGACUCGGUGUUCGCCCGUCCGCCGGGGUCCUACGAGGACGAGUCCGGCGGCGGAGUGCGCCAUGCGCGCUCCGUCAACGUGCAUGAGGCCGGGUUCAUCCAGUUCCUGGACACGGGGAUCUGGCACCUGGCUUUCUAUAACGACGGACGCAACACAGAGCAAGUCUCCUACAACACCAUCGUCAUAGAUUCCAUCAUGGAGUGUCCUCAGAACUGUCAUGGGAAUGGAGACUGCCUGUCAGGAAUCUGCCACUGUUUCCCAGGGUUCCUUGGGCCGGACUGCUCUCGAGCCGCCUGCCCGGUGCUGUGCAGCGGGAACGGCCAGUACUCGCGCGGCCGCUGCCAGUGCUACAGCGGCUGGAAGGGCACGGAGUGCGACGUGCCGGCCAACCAGUGCAUCGACAUCCACUGCGGCGGCCACGGCAUCUGCAUCAUGGGCGCCUGCAUCUGCAACACCGGCUACAAGGGGGACAACUGUGAGGAAGUGGACUGCAUCGACCCCAGCUGCUCGGCCCACGGCGUCUGCAUCCACGGCGAGUGCCACUGCCAGCCCGGCUGGGGCGGCGCCAGCUGCGAGAUCGCCAAGGCCAUGUGUCCGGACCAGUGCUCGGGACACGGAACCUACAGCGCCGAGACCGGCCUGUGCGCCUGCGACCAGAACUGGACCGGACCGGACUGCUCGCUCGAGGUGUGUGAGGUGGACUGCGGCAGCCACGGCGUGUGUUACGGCGGUGUGUGUCGCUGCGAGGAGGGCUGGACGGGCGGCGUGUGCGACCAGAAGGCGUGCCACCCGCUGUGCAGCAAGAACGGCGUGUGCAAGGAGGGCAAGUGUGAGUGUGACCAGGGAUGGACCGGGGAGCACUGCAACAUCGCUCACAAUCCGGACAUUAGAGUGAAAGGAUAUAAAGAGGGGUGUCCAGGUCUCUGCAACAACAACGGACGGUGCACCCUGGAGGCCAGCGGGUGGCACUGCAUCUGCCAGUCCGGGUGGAGGGGGGCUGGCUGCCACGUCGCCAUGGAGACGCUCUGCACGGACGGGAAGGACAACGAAGGAGAUGGUUUGGCUGACUGUAUGGAUCCGGACUGCUGCCUGCAGCCGUCCUGCCAGAACCAGCAGUACUGCCAGGGGUCCCCAGACCCGGGCGAGGUCCUCAGCCAGUCUCCGUCCUCGCUGGCCCCGCAGCAGGCUGCCCGGUCUUUCCACCAGCGCAUUCACUUCCUGGUCGGCCCCGAGUCCACUCACGUCAUCGCUGGAGACAGUCCCUUCAACAAAAGCCUGGUGUCCAUCAUCCGAGGCCAGGUCCUGACGGCCGACGGGACGCCGCUGAUCGGCGUCAACGUGACCUUCGUCCACUACCCGGAGCACGGAUACAGCAUCACACGCAAGGACGGCAUGUUCGAUCUCCUGGCUAACGGCGGAGCGUCCCUGACUCUGAGCUUCGAGCGCGCUCCGUUCCUCACCCAGUACCGGACCGUGUGGGUUCCGUGGAACGUCUUCUACGUGAUGGACACGCUGGUCAUGAAGAAGGAGGAGAACGACAUCCCCAGCUGUGACCUGAGCGGCUUCAUCAGGCCCAGCCCCGUCAUCGUGGCGUCGCCGCUGUCCACCUUCUACCGGACCUCCCCCGAGGACGCCCCCAUCAUCCCGGAGACUCAGGUCCUGCAGGAGGAGACCUCCAUUCCGGGCAGCGAUCUCAACCUGAUCUACCUGAGCUCCAGAGCUGCGGGGUACAAGCCGGUGCUCAAAGUGGCCAUGACGCAGUCGUCCAUCCCCUUCAACCUGAUGAAGGUUCACCUGAUGGUGGCGGUGGUGGGCCGGCUCUUCCAGAAGUGGUUCCCCGCCCAGCCGAACCUGUCCUACACCUUCAUCUGGGACAAGACGGACGCGUACGGCCAGCGUGUCUACGGCCUGUCAGAGGCAGUGGUGUCGGUGGGCUUCGAGUACGAGUCCUGUCUGGACCUCAUCCUGUGGGAGAAGAGGACGGCCGUCCUGCAGGGAUACGAGCUGGACGCCUCCAACAUGGGUGGCUGGACGCUGGACAAACAUCACAUCCUGGACGUGCAGAACGGAAUCCUCUACAAAGGCAACGGAGAGAACGUUUUCAUCUCCCAGCAGCCUCCAGUCAUCAGCAGCAUCAUGGGAAACGGCCGGCGCCGCAGCAUCUCCUGCCCCAGCUGCAACGGCCAGGCGGAGGGCAACAAGCUGCUGGCGCCGCUGGCCCUGGCCUGCGGGGCGGACGGCAGCAUCUUCGUGGGAGACUUCAACUACAUCCGGAGGAUCUUCCCCUCGGGGAACGUGACCAGCGUCAUGGAGCUGAGAAACAAAGAUUUCAGACAUAGCAACAACCCUGCUCACCGUUACUACUUAGCCACGGACCCGGUCACAGGCCAGCUGUACGUCUCCGACACCAACUCAAGGCGGAUCUAUCGACCCAAGAUGCUGAGCGGCGCCCGAGACCUCACCAGUAAUGGAGAAGUGGUGGCCGGAACAGGUGAGCAGUGUCCUCCGUUUGAUGAAGCUCGGUGUGGCGAUGGAAGGAAAGCUGUGGAGGCACAACUGCUGGGGCCCAAAGGGAUCGCGGUGGAUAAAAAUGGACUCAUCUACUUUGUGGACGGGACGAUGAUCAGGAAAGUGGAUCGUAAUGGAAUCAUCUCCACAGUGCUGGGCAGCAACGACCUGACCUCUGCACGACCUCUGACCUGCGACACCAGCAUGCACAUCAGACAGGUCCGUUUGGAGUGGCCCACCGACCUGGCCAUCAACCCCAUGGACAACUCCAUAUACGUCCUGGACAACAACGUGGUGCUGCAGAUCACCGAGAACCGCCAGGUCCGGAUCGUGGCCGGCCGUCCCAUGCACUGCCAGGUUCCAGGGAUUGAGUACACCAUGGGGAAACGAGCGGUGCAGACCAUGCUGGAGGGCGCCACCGCCAUCGCCCUGUCCUACAGCGGCGUCCUCUACAUCGCCGAGACGGACGAGAAGAAGAUCCACCGGAUUCGACAGGUGUCGACCGACGGCGAGAUCACUCAUCUGGCCGGAGCGCCAUCCGACUGCGACUGCAAGAACGACGCCAACUGCGACUGCUACCAAACCGGGGACGGCUACGCCAAGGACGCACGGCUCAACUGUCCCUCGUCUAUGGUGGUGUCUCCAGACGGGACGCUGUACGUGGCCGAUCUGGGAAACAUCCGAAUCCGAGCCAUCCGGCGCAACCAGCCGCCGACAGGCUCUCUGGCCUCGGGUCCCAGCUCGUACGAAGUGGCCUCUCCGGCCUCACAGGAGCUCUACGUGUUCGAUACCAAUGGAACGCACCAGUUCACCAUGUCUCUGGUCACUGGAGACUACAAAUACAACUUCAGCUACAGCAACGAGGAGGACGUGACGGCGGUGACGGACAGCAGCGGGAACACUCUGCGGAUCCGCAGAGACACCAACAGGAUGCCGGUCCGUGUGGUGGCUCCCGAUAAUCAGGUCAUCUGGCUGACCAUCGGGACUAAUGGAGGUCUGAAGACCCUCACGGCUCAGGGUCAGGAACUGGUCCUGUUCAGUUACCAUGGCAACAGCGGUUUACUGGCUACCAAGAGCAUCCAGAUUGGCUGGACCACCUUCUACGACUAUGACAGCGAGGGUCGUCUGACUAAUGUGACCUUCCCCACCGGUGUGGUCACCAAUCUCCACGGCGACAUGUCGUCAGGGGCUGUUGCUGUGGACAUUGAAACGUCGGGGAGGGAUGAGGACGUUUCCAUAACGACCAACCUGUCAUCCAUAGACUCCUUCUACACUCUGGUGCAGGACCAGCUUCGGAACAGCUACCAGGUUGGUAACGACCAUUCACUGAGGGUCAUCUACGCCAACGGGAUGGACACUCACUACCAGACGGAGCCCCACAUCCUGGCAGGUGCCGCUAACCCCACCGUGGCGCGGCGCAACAUGACGCUGCCCGGAGAGAACGGCCAGAACCUGGUGGAGUGGAGGUUCAGGAAGGAGCAGACCCGAGGGAAGGUCAUCGUGUUUGGGAGGAAGCUCCGGGUGAAUGGACGGAACCUGCUGUCGGUGGAUUACGAUCGUUCUCUGCGGACGGAGAAGAUCUACGACGACCACAGGAAGUUCCUGCUGAAGAUCAUCUACGACACGCAGGGCCACCCGACGCUCUGGGUGCCGAGCAGCAAGCUGCUGUCCGUCAACCUCACCUACGCCAGCACGGGCCAGGUGACCGGCCUCCAGAGGGGUCCGACCACAGAGCGGUGGGAGUACGACAGUCAGGGAAGAAUCACCUCCAGAGUCUUCGCUGAUGGCAAAACAUGGAGCUACACUUAUCUGGACAAGUCCAUGGUCUUGCUGCUGCACAGCCAGCACCAGUACAUCUUCGACUACGACUCGGGGGACCGCCUGUCGGCCGUCACCAUGCCCAGCGUGGCUCGACACACCAUGCAGACCAUCAGGUCCAUCGGCUACUACCGGAACAUCUACACCCCUCCGGAGAGCAACGCCUCCGUCAGCGUGGACUACUCUGAGGACGGACAGCUCCUCAGAGUGGCACAUCUGGGCACCGGCCGCCGGAUCCUGUACAAAUACCGCAGACAGAACAAGCUGGCAGAGAUCCUGUACGACUCCACGCGGGUCAGCUUCACGUACGACGAGACCGCCGGCGUGCUGAAGACGGUCAACCUGCAGAGUGAGGGCUUCAUCUGCUCCAUCCGGUACCGGCAGAUCGGCCCGCUGGUGGACCGCCAGAUAUUCCGCUUCAGCGAGGACGGCAUGGUGAACGCCCGCUUCGACUACACCUACGACAACAGCUUCAGGGUCACCAGCAUGCAGGCUGUCAUCAACGAGACGCCGCUGCCCAUCGACCUCUACCAGUUCGACGACAUUUCUGGGAAGGUGGAGCAGUUUGGGAAGUUUGGAGUCAUCUACUACGACAUCAACCAGAUCAUCUCCACGGCGGUGAUGACCUACACCAAACACUUCGACCAGCACGGCCGGAUCAAGGAGAUCCAGUACGAGAUCUUCCGCUCCCUCAUGUACUGGAUCACCAUUCAGUACGACAACAUGGGCCGAGUCACCAAGAGGGAGAUCAAGAUCGGGCCGUUCGCCAACACCACCAAGUACGGCUACGAGUACGACGUGGACGGCCAGCUGCAGACCGUCUCCCUCAACGAGAAGAUGAUGUGGAGAUAUAACUAUGACCUGAAUGGGAACCUUCACCUGCUGAACCCGGGGAACAGCGGACGACUGACCCCGCUACGCUACGACCUGCGGGACCGGAUCACCCGCCUGGGAGACGUUCAGUACCGGCUGGACGAAGACGGUUUCCUGAGGCAGCGAGGAGCCGAGAUCUUCGAGUACAACUCCAAAGGUCUGUUGGUCCGUGUUUACAGUAAAGCGGCCAGCUGGACCAUCCAGUACCGCUACGACGGCCUGGGUCGUCGAGUGGCAUCCAGGAACAGUCUGGGCCAGCACCUGCAGUUCUUCUACGCAGACCUGAACUACCCCACCAGGAUCACCCAUGUCUACAACCACUCCAGCUCUGAGAUCACCUCCUUCUACUACGACCUGCAGGGCCACGUGUUUGCGAUGGAGAUCAGCAGCGGGGAGGAGUUCUAUAUUGCCUGCGAUAACACCGGCACUCCGCUGGCCGUCUUCAGCAACAACGGGCUGCUGCUCAAACAGGUCCAGUACACGGCGUACGGCGAGGUUUACUUUGACUCCAACCCAGACUUCGUGCUGGUAAUUGGUUUCCACGGGGGCUUGUACGAUCCUCUGACUCGCCUGCUGCAUUUCGGAGACAGAGAUUAUGACAUCCCCGCCGGGAGGUGGACCACUCCCGACAUCAGCACCUGGACCAGGGUGGGAAAAGACCCCCAGCCCUUCAACCUCUACAUGUUCCGGGGCAACAACCCCAUCAGCAAGAUUCAUCAGGUCAAGGAAUACGUGACAGAUGUGAACAUCUGGUUGGUCACGUUUGGAUUCCACCUUCACAACGCCAUCCCCGGGUUCCCCAUCCCCAAGUUCGACCUGACGCAGGCGUCCCUGGAGAUGAAGAAGAGCCAGCUGUGGGACGAUCUGCCCUCCAUCUCAGGUGUCCAGCAGGAAGUCACCCGUCAGUCCCGGGCCUUCCUGUCCUUCGAGCGGAUGCCAGAGAUCCAGCUGAGCCGCCGGCACACGGACCACACCAAGCCCUGGCUGUGGUUCGCCACCGUCAGGUCUCUGAUCGGGAAGGGCGUGAUGCUGGCGGUGAUCCAGGGCCGCGUGGUCACCAACGCGCUCAACAUCGCCAACGAGGACUGCAUCAAGGUGGCGGCAGUCCUGAACAACGCCUUCUACCUGGAAGACCUGCACUUCACGGUGGAGGGACGCGACACGCACUACUUCAUCAAGACCAGCCUGCCGGAGAACGACCUGAGCGCGCUGCGGCUCACCUCGGGCCGGAAGUCGCUGGAGAACGGCGUCAACGUCACCGUGUCGCAGUCCACCACGGUGAUGAACGGCAGGACGCGGCGCUUCGCCGACGUGGAGCUGCAGUACGGCGCCCUGGCCCUGCACGUGCGCUACGGCACCACGCUGGACGAGGAGAAGGCGCGCAUCCUGGAGCACGCCCGGCAGAGGGCGCUGUCCAGCGCCUGGGCGCGCGAGCAGCAGCGCGUGCGGGACGGCGAGGAGGGCGUGCGGCUGUGGACGGAGGGCGAGAAGCGCCAGCUGCUCAGCAGCGGCAAGGUGCUGGGCUACGACGGCUACUACGUCCUGUCCAUAGAGCAGUACCCCGAGCUGGCCGACAGCGCCAACAACAUCCAGUUCCUGCGCCAGAGCGAGAUCGGCAGGAGGUAACAGGGCAUCGGCCGGACCAGCGCACCCUCCAGACUCAGAGACUAACCGCUACAGAAGUUUAACACAACAAGGAUGUCACAGUACCGAACAACCGUCCACUCAGCAAACCCUGUGUGUGCUAAUCUGUCUGAACGAGGUUGUUAAAAAAGGAUUUAUAGACUAAUCGAUGACGUAACAAUCAACUGGACACAACUGUCCCGAAACACGGCGAAGCUGCAGUUGUGAAGGUCGUCAAGAGCCUGAAGAAAGGCUCUUUUGGCCAAUGCCUUUCUCUCUUUCUUUCUUCCUUUCUUUAAUUCUUUCUCUCUCUCUCUCUCUCUCUCUCUCUUUCUCUCUCUCUCUCUCUCUCACCUUGUCGUCUGCCUUCGAACAGCCUGCACGCAUGACCCUCCCCCUUUCUCUGGUAGGCGGGGCUUAACCUGACUGCUACCUUUGUGUGCUAGCUAGCUGUCCAAAAGUGGGAUGUAGAGACUCACCUCAACUCGCCAAAACCGAGCAUUUCCAACAGCCAUCGCCAGCUGGACGGGCCCACAAGCAUUUAAUCCUGUCGGCGGCGCCGUGCCGUGCUGGCGGUGCCGUGCCGACGGGCGUCGCAGGCGUGGGAUCUCUGAGGGUCCACAGGGACUCGCCGUGUCUAUAGGAUCCGUCUCCGUGGCUGAAGCCAUUGAGGGGACAGUUGUGGUACUGUUGUGGACUCUCUCAAAGAGAAACAGGCACAAAAAAAGACUACCGUUUGUAUGAAGGU